AUGGCCGGGGCUGCUACUGAAAUUGCAAAGAAUAUGGAGGAAAAGGCGGAGGCGCCAGUGACCGUGGCACCAACUAAAACGGUCGACGCUGCAGGUGCGGGAGAGGCAGAGACCACGGUGAUCAAAGUGGCACCUCCUAAAACGGCCGAGGUUGAAAACAAACCGGCGGAAGAGGAGGUGAAGACAACAGAUACGACUAGCUUGGUGGGAAAGCUUGAGACGGACGUGGAGAUCAAAGCUUCCGCGGAGCAGUUCCAUCACAUGUUCACCGGGAAACCACACCAUGUCUCCAAAGCAUCUCCAGGAAACAUUCAGGGCUGUGAGCUUCACGAUGGUGACUGGGGCAAAGUCGGCUCUAUCAUCUUCUGGAACUACGUUCAUGGCAAGUUAACGUUGUUAUAUAAAUCCUUUUUUCCUCAUAUAUUAAUAUAUAAUGGGGAGGCAAAGGUGGCGAAGGAGAGGAUCGAGGCGGUGGAGCCGGAGAAGAACCUGAUCAAGUUCAGGGUUAUAGAAGGUGAUCUGAUGAAAGAGUACAAAAGCUUUGUGAUCACCAUCCAGGUGACCCCUAAGCAUGGAGGGACAGGGAGUAUUGUGCACUGGCACCUUGAGUACGAGAAGAUCAGUGAAGAGGUUGCUCAUCCCGAGACUCUCCUACAGUUCUGUGUCGAAGUCUCCCAAGAGAUCGACGAACAUCUCCUGAACGAGGAGGCAUAG